AUGAAGUAUUUCAAAAUCCUCCUCGGGCUUCUGCCCACAGCGCUGGCCGACUCUAUCUAUGUCUCUCCCACAGGAUCCAGCAGUGGCUCAGGGAGCAUCACCUCCCCUCUGAACUCCAUUCAAUCCGCUGUCGACCUCGCAAAGCCAGGCGAUACCAUCUACCUUCGCGGGGGAACGUACUCGCCCACCAGCAACAUCCAGAUCACCAAGAGCGGAACAUCGAGCAAGCCAUACAUCCUGCGCGCCUACGAGGGUGAGAAGGUCAUUAUCGAUGGAGAAGCUCUGCCAGGAACACCAGCACCCCUCGACGCCUCUCUCCCCAACGAAGAUCGCGGUAUCCUCCACAUCCAAAACGCUAAUUAUUGGCAGUUCUACGACCUCGAGCUGAUCCACGGCCCGUACGGCGUGUAUGCGCGCGAUGCAUCCAACAAUCACUACGAGCGGCUUAUCACCAGGGAUAACUACGAGACUGGUAUUGGCCUCUGCCUGGACCUAGGCUUCCAACUGCAGGGCGCAUCCUCGAAUAAUAAAGUCCUCUAUCUCGACUCCUACGGCAACAGAGACCCCCGCAAGAACGGCGAGAGCGCCGACGGGUUCGCCUGCAAGGAGGGCUCGGGAGAGGGCAAUCUCCUCAAGGGCGCGAGGCUGUGGAAUAAUGUCGAUGACGGGCUGGAUCUGUGGGAGUUCAAGUCUGCGGUGACGAUCGAGGAUACUAUCUCCUGGGGGAAUGGAUAUAAUCGAUGGGGUUUCUCCCCCUUCGAUGGCGACGGCAACGGGUUCAAACUCGGCGGCGGAGACGCAGCGGAUAAGGGCCCUGCGAACCAUGUUAUUACCAACUGCAUUGCCUUUGGCAACGUCAAGGACGGCUUCACGGAUAACUCGCAGCCGGGCGAUUUCACGCUCCGCCGCAACACGGCGUGGAAUAAUGCCAAGGUGGGCUUCAAGUUCAACACAGCUGUAGCUACGCUCAAUGGGAAUGUUGCCGCGGUUAAUGGGGAGAGCGCGACAGCCUUGAGUUCGAAUCAGAUUUCCUCCGGGAAUUCCUGGGAUGGAAGUGCGUCGUGGUCGAAUAGUAGCUUCAAAAGUGUGGAUGUGAGUCUAGUGCAGGGUGCUAGACAGGCAGAUGGGAGGAUCAAGGCCAGUGAUUUCUUGCUGCCAAAGUCCGGGGAGGCGAUGGGAGCGACCACUGUUUGGGAGUAA